ACACACACGCACACACGCCGUCGCUCCGUGGUCGCGGCUGUCAGCGCUCUGAAGAUGGUGGCGGCUGCUGCCUCUCUGAUCCCACCACACAGUCGUUUCAGCUGCUCCAUCGUGUCAAACAUGGCCAGAUAACCCCGAGAGAAGAAAUUCUCGUCGCAAUGUGGACUCUACAGAGGGAUUCAAAGAAAGGCUCUGAUAUCGUUUUAGUCUCGGGGUAAAGUGGAAUCAUUUAGAGCUGUAUGAAAACACCAUCCCUUGUCUGAUUCAAUUAAAGUGGUUGGAUCGAGGCGGGGCUCUGCUUUUUAACCUGUGGGGCUGAGGUGUGGAAAGGGAGCGGAGGUGGGGACCUUUUUAAUUAGCUCCACUCGGUCUCUGUGGGCUUUUUGUCGUCUUGCGUUCGCAAAGGGUGACCCAGCUUUUACAGGGAAACUUCAGACAAAAGGAAAUAGUCCUGCACUCCGCUCAAGGCUACAGUUUUAUUUUCACCCUCGCAGCUGCCAGGUGGACUCCCUGCGCUCCGGAUAUUUGGACUACAUAUAGAGAUUUUUCUUUCUGUCACGGAGGACUAGUGACAUGCGGUGGGAUUAUACAAACGCAAAAAAAAAAAAAAGUGCUCAGUGAAUGUGCUUAAGCAGCGUGUUUGGGCAGGAGUCACCCACAGACACGCUUUUGCAAAAGAAUCCAAACAUUCCUAUUGGUCGUUUCCUCCACACGCGCCUGGACUUCUGCAAGAGCAGCUCGUGCAGAAUCCCCUGUGAGUUUGGAUACGGAGCAGCGGCGGAGACACUGGAGUGGGAAGGCAGGAAAACACGGGGCUCAUGUGUGAGAACAUUUGGGAUUAGGCCCUGCAGCAUAAAGCAUGUGGCAUGCAUUUAAGAGCUUUUGGUGUGUAUUUCUGCGCUCACGUCGCCUCAGGUGUGGGAAAAGUCGACCGUCUUUUUGAUCACAACUAGUAAAAUGAGAACCCGUAACUCUGCGGACGAGUUACUUUGCGUGAACUUUUGCCCCGUCCUGUAAACAAAACAUGGUCUUUUACAGGAAGUAUUGCUUUACAUAGACAACUUGAGGGAGAGGGGGCUAAAGACGGAAUGUGGACUAGUUAUUUGAAGUACUCGGUGUGUUGCCUAAAGAAAGCUCUUUUAAAAAAAACUCUCAAUUAUGCUUUCAUAGUUUUCUAAGCCACUUCCUGCUCCUAACCUUUACUUUUGGAAUAGAUUUAUAGUUUUAUGUAAUAUUUUCCAAUGACGGGAGCAAUCUCUGGGCUGCUUGGAGUGGAACAGAGCAGGCAGCGAAUGAACCUUGCAGUCUCAAGUGCGUCUAAACAGACGGGAAUGUAGAGGAAUGCAGCAAUUGACGUCAAGAGGGGCAAUAAUGAACUACUCAAAAACUUUCAAUAGUCUUCUGGUUUUGCUGCAACCAGAGCACUGAACUCAUUUCCUUCUACUGUGUCCACAUGCUUUGCCUUACCUCUCUGCCUAGAUAUUUGUCACGAUUAACUGUGCCUUCUAAUAGUUGUUUUCAUUUAGAAUAGAGCAAUAGACAACAUGGCAUCUCCCCAGCAUCAGAAACUGCUGCCACACAACACAGAAGUGAGCUGUGACUCGAGCGGAGACGGAGGCGUCUCGGUGCGAAUUGGCAGCAGUGUCAAGCACAGGCACGGAGGAGGGCCGCUGGGCUCCAUCGGGGGAGGCUUCAUCGGGGCCACCAAGCACUGCAAGUACAGCAUAUCUUCUAGCUGCAGCUCUGGGGAGUCUGGGGUGAGGAGGCCCGUGGUGAAGAGUUUCCGCGCUCAUAAAGGGAUGCCCCAGCUAUUCGAGAGGUCAGCAGGUCACUUCUGGGACCCAAAGUUUGACUCGUCUAUUUUGGAGGAGGCCUGUAGAGAGCGAUGUUUCCCUCAGACCCGGCGGCGCUUCCGCUAUGUGCUCUUUUAUCUGGUGGCUGCCAGUUUCCUCUGGGGGUUGUAUUUUGCUGCCCAUCCUUCCUGCUGUGACAUAGUUAUUUUUCUCCUCCCUACUGCUUCCUUCCUCAUCUUCUGCCUUCUUCUCUUCCUAAUGACUUUCACCAGGCUUUAUUCCCGCUGCUACAACCAAGCAUCUCUGCUGCUUAUCCUUGUAACCUUCAUAUUGACCCUGACCCCUCAGAUUCAGACAUUAGGAUUCAGGAACCCAAAUGGCAUGUCACCUGAUUUAGAUCAGGAAGAAUUCAGUGGCAUGGGACCCAUAUACAACACGUCCAACGACAAUCUCGUUAGGGGUUCUAAUAAGUUCCCUUGCCUUUCUCCUGUGGGCACUUUCUCUCUCUGUAUUGAGGUUCUGCUAUUGCUGUACAGUGUACUACAUGUUCGACUUUAUGCGUCUCUCAUGCUUGGGUUGUUGUACUCUGUCUUAUUUGAGACCCUGGGCUGUUUACUUCCAACUCAGGCAGGAGGGAACUGGAGCUGGGCUUUUUCAUCAGAGCUGGAGAUGUUCAGUUGGUUGGGUCCAGCCAAAGCCCUGCUUCAUCUCUGCGCUCAUGCAAUUGGCAUCCAUUUGUUCGUUAUGUCUGAAGUGCGCUCGCGCAGCACCUUUCUUAAAGUUGGACAGGCUAUUAUGCACGGAAAAGAUCUGGAGGUAGAAAAAGCCCUGAAAGAGAGGAUGAUCCACUCAGUGAUGCCAAGAAUUGUGGCAGAUGAGUUGAUGAAGCAAGGUGAUGAAGAGAUUGGCGAUAAUUGUGGUAAACGUUACUCCACCAGUGGUGCAGCUGCAGCCAUUUCCAGCCCAAAGAACAACAAACGCAAGAAAACCUCAAUUCCUCGAGGCCAGAUCAUCUUCAGACCCUUCAACAUGAAACGAAUGGACCCUGUCAGCAUCCUCUUUGCAGAUAUUGUCGGCUUUACCAAAAUGUCUGCCAACAAAUCUGCUCAUGCCCUUGUUGGGCUUCUAAAUGACUUGUUUGGACGUUUUGACAGACUUUGUGAGCUCACCGGCUGCGAGAAGAUCAGCACUCUGGGAGACUGUUACUAUUGCGUAGCUGGCUGUCCGGAACCUAGACCAGACCAUGCCUAUUGCUGCGUAGAAAUGGGCCUGGGGAUGAUUCAGGCUAUUGAGCAGUUCUGUCAGGAGAAGAGGGAGAUGGUAAACAUGAGGGUGGGCGUCCACACUGGUACCGUGCUGUGCGGUAUCCUGGGGAUGAAGCGCUUCAAGUUUGAUGUUUGGUCAAACGAUGUCAAUCUGGCUAAUCUGAUGGAGCAGUUGGGUGUUGCUGGAAAAGUCCACCUUUCGCAAGCCACUUUUGACUUCCUGGAUGACCGAUACCAGCAUGAAGAUGGACAGGUCAAUGAAAGGAUCGGACAGAGUGUGGUGGCUGAUCAACUCAAAGGCAUGAGGACCUACCUCAUCUCCGGUAGAAAGGUGGAGGCCCUCUGUAACUGCACCCAGACGGGGCUGUCUGGACCAGGGGAUGCCGAUUCUGAGUGCCAAAAGCCCAGGUUGCACACGCCUGAUGGGGCCUGCACCCUCCCCUCAGACAAAAACAAGUCCCCCUGCCUGUCCUGCAGUGUGACCCUUAUAACAGGAGAGGAUCAGGUUCUUGAAGAAGGAAUGGUACAUAAUGGCUGCCAUGAUGACAAAACCAAUAACGCCAAGGACUCUUCAAAUCUGAAGUGUUCCCCUGCGGUAUCAGUUGGCCGCAGGCCCAAGACGGUGAAUGGCCUGCUCAGUCCUCAGCUUGAGGCCUUGAAUAACAGCCAGACCUCGCUGUGUGAGAUGCUGCAGGAAAAAGAGAAGAGUUGGAGCGGAGGAGCCAUGUGCAUGGACCACUCGGCGCUCAUCCCACUCCGAUCAAAGAACUUCCGGGAAAGGAGUGAUGCUCACUUUGUGGAUGUUAUCAAGGAGGAUAGUCUUAUGAAAGACUAUUUCUACAAGCCUCCCCUACACAACCUGAGUCUCACCUUCUUGGAGAGGAGCCUGGAGUCUGCCUACCGGAUAAGCUACCAGGAGGAGGUGGAGAAUCAAGCAGCGGUUCAGAUGUUCGCCAGUCCAACGUUCAGCUCUUUCCUGGACAUGCUGCUGUGCUGUUUAGUCGUUCUGGCGCUCUCUCUUGCUUGUUUCCUCCGACCUCUUGUCACCCAGCAGAGUCCAUCCACUCCGGCGCUCAUUCUGACAGCUGUAGUCGCCCUGCUGGAGGCUCUGGCUCUGCUGUUUGCCAUUCGGAUGGCUUUUUCUCUGGACAGUGUGCUGAGCUGCACUCGGGUGCUGAUGAGGGCCGUCUCUGGCUGGAUAGUUCGCCACUUCGUUGGAGCUGUCCUGGUGUCUCUGCCUGCUCUGACAGUCUACUCCCAUUUCACCUGUGACAUGUAUAAUUCGAUCCAGUUUACCAUGUUCAUCUGCUGUGCCAUCAUCAUAGCUAUUGUUCAGUACUGUAACUUCUGCCAUCUCAGCUACUGGAUGCGUUCUACAAUAGCCACCCUCGUGGGGCUGGCAAUGCUCACCUUGCUCUGCUGCUCCCCCUGCAGUGUUGUUGAGAGUUUUUUCCGGUCUCAUGCCCAAAGCAACAUUACAAACGGAUCUGUAAUCUUGUCCGACAACUCAACAAGUUCUGAUCAACAACCCAACUUUGACCCACACAAACGUCUUAUUCCUGAAGCCUGUGUGGCCUUUUUCUUGCUCCUUCUCCUCGUCUGGUUCCUUAACCGUGAAUUUGAGGUCAGCUACCGUUUGCAUUACCACGGCAACGUAGAAGCUGAUCAACACCGCAUCAAGAUUCAGAACAUGAGGGACCAGGCCGACUGGCUGCUCCGCAACAUAAUUCCGAUCCAUGUAGCGGAACAACUUAAGGUAACCCAGAGUUAUUCCAAGAACCAUGACAAUGUGGGAGUCAUUUUUGCCAGUAUUGUCAACUUCAGUGAGUUUUAUGAAGAAAGUUACGAGGGAGGCAAGGAGUGCUAUCGCGUCCUCAAUGAGUUAAUUGGUGACUUUGAUGAACUCUUACGCAAGCCUGCCUUUGCAAAUAUUGAAAAGAUCAAAACCAUUGGUGCAACAUACAUGGCUGCAGCAGGACUCAACACUCAGCAGUGCGCGGAUGCAGCUCACCCUCAAGAGCAUCUUCGAGCUCUUUUUGAAUUUGCCCUGGAAAUGAUGCGAGUGGUGGACGACUUCAACAAGAACAUGCUUGGUUUCGGCUUCAAACUUCGCAUUGGCUUUAAUCACGGGCCCCUGACAGCGGGCGUAAUUGGAACCACCAAGCUUCUCUAUGACAUCUGGGGCGACACCGUCAACAUCGCUAGCCGCAUGGACACAACGGGUGUGGAGUGCCGUGUUCAGGUCAGCGAGGAAAGCUACUGCGUGCUCAGUGGCAUGGAUUAUGAGUUUGAUUAUCGGGGAACGGUUAAUGUCAAAGGGAAAGGUCAAAUGAAGACAUUUCUUUAUCCUAAAAGCAGCGACAGUGGCCCCGUGCCUCAGUACCAGCUCUCGGUCUCACCAGAGAUCCGAGUUCAGGUGGAUGGUAGCAUCGGCCGAUCUCCCACUGACGAGAUUGCAAGCAUGGUGCCAACCACCAGCAAGAAUGGAGGCAGUACCAAAAUGAUGGUCCCCAGUGCCAGCAUUGGUUCCUCAAACACAACAGGGCUUAGUCAAAUGAAAGACUCAGACAUCAAUGGAAGAUGUUCCUCCAUGGUUGCUUCUUGUGCCAGACGAUCCAUGUCACACAGUGGCUUAACAUCAAUACCUGUAACCAGUCUUGAGGGACACUUGCCAAAUAACAAACAGCUCAUCGUCUCAUCCUCAAUCCAACAACAUGCACCACAACACUCACCAAGAAAAGACACAAAAAGCAAGCCAGAGGAUAACUCUGAUUAUAAUGGUGGCGAUUUAACCAGGCUUUAAGCAUUUGCUACAGCAGCACUUUUACUACCAACCUUCAUCCCUUUAAGCUCUCAUUACUGCUAGCUGGCAUGUGUAGAAGCUAUAUUUUUGUCCAACUUCAGGUAGAGGAGGUGGAUUUGGACAAACACAGAAAUCUGAGUUGUAUAAACAGACCAGAUUUUCCAUCAACCAAAAACAAGGUUGUUUGUAGUGUAAAUGUGUUUGGCUGAUAUCAUCAAGGGUGCUUGGUGGACCACACAUAGGGUGUUGGAAAGAUAUUCAGAGAAAAUGGAAAUUUGCCUCCUAGCAACCCCGUUGUCUGUCAUUAACUUACUUAAUUAUCUUUGCACCUUUAAUCUUGAUUGUUUCUGUCAAAUGUCUUUUAAGUGCCUUUAGAAUAGAAAAAGACUUAAACAAGGCCUUUUUAACUCUAACAAUUAAAAGGGAAAACUUUACAUAUGAAAACUUUUUGGGAAUAAAGCUUUGCUUUUGCUAUUGGUUUACUUUUUUAAACAAUAUUUUGCAAUGAGUUAUUUUGCCUUUUUAUCCAAGAGGAAAUCAAUACGAGAAAUCAAAAUAAAGGGAUAAUUUGGAAUUAUGUGAAGUUGUCGGAAGAAUGGAGGAAAGCUAUCAAGUAGAUCCAACGAUGUACAACUCAAGCUAGAAAUGUUUCUGUGAUUUUAGUCUAUCUGGAUGACUUCAUAUUAACUAUGUGACGAGGAAGAGCAUAAAUUUAGCAUCUUCACUGCUGUCUGACAAAAUCCAAAGCAGUCAUUGCUGACGCGUCACUAAUGUAACAAAACCAUCAGAUUUUUUGUGUACCGGUAGUAAAAAUUGGAAAUAAUAACAGAUUUUUUUCCAAUUUAGAAAACACCAACAAAUUUGACAGCAAUCUCUUAUAAAACUUUAGAUGGUUAGUACCUCCUGUAACAGCCUUGUAUCCCAAGUAUUUAGACAUUUUCUGUUGUUGUGGUUGGAAAUGUGUUAAAUUUUCAAAACCAGGUGUCCACAAGUUAUGUAACACACCAGAAGUUUAGUUACAUCUUGCAGGGCUUGGUGAAAAGGCAGAGUGAUACAACCUGCAUUAAUUAACAUAAUAACUUUUGCACAGUAACAUAAACGUUGUUCAGCUUACUAGUAAAAAUAGCCUGUUGCAAAGGUUUCAAUAGUUAAUUUCUCCAUUUGACUAGCUCUUAUGAGACAUGGAUAACAUAUAAUCUUCAAUGCUAUUCAAUCCAAAUGCUUAUUCUGAUCUUGGUGGACUUAGAGCAAACUGACUAGUCAAAGCUGAUGAGGCAAAUUAAUUCAGAUGACAAAGCAAAUGACCGCAGAUGACAGCAAAUAUAACUAAUGUAACUAGCAUAGUACACAUGGACCUGUGUCAGCAUAGAAAAUGGCAACAAAUAUGAUCCUAUCUUGUUGUCAUAAGCAGAUAUUAACUGAAAGUCCAGGCAGUUGAUGUCUACUAAUCAAGCAUUGUAUCCCACAAAUGGAAACAUUUUCAUCUUGAGUUGUUUUAAGCUGCUGAAAUCGGCAAAAACGCUUCCCCCCAUAUUAUUAGCUAUUACCGUUUCACCGCUAUGAGAACUUUUUUUUAUAAACUUCUGACAGAAAAUGACAUCAGUGAGUAAGCUUUUAUGGAUGACCUUUCAUAAAAAAUCCUAAGUAUCCCUUUAAGUGAAAGCUAUAAAGAAACAUGCUAUUUCAACAUGGAAAAAUCUGCACAAUAAUUGCUGCCGUGCCUCAGUUUGUGUAAAACUAGAAAACUCCUCAUGGCAUGACCAGGACUAAUUGGUAAAGGACAUAGUGGACGAGUCUGAACUGUGUGAGGAUAUCUGCAUGCAUUUAACAUUGCAUAACCUUUAUUGGAUAAUAUAUUCAUAUAUGGUUAAGCUCCCCUAGAGUUUCUGAGAUGACUGGAAUACAAACUCGUUUGCUGUUGUGGCAUCUUUUUCUUUUCUGACUACAGUUACAUUUCCAAAACACUAGGAAAUGGUUUCGUCAGAUAUACUUUAUUGGCAUGCUUACAGCAUUACAUGCUUCUAGUACUUGUGCCCCCAGCCAACAAUUUAGUUUAGCAGGAGUUCAAGAUGUGUUUGGUGUUUUAGAAGAGGCUAACAUGUGUAUAGAUGGUUUUAAGCCAUGAUUUCAGAAAGACUAAAGACAAAAGAAUAACUGCCUAAAGUUGAAUUGCAUUACACUGUGUUAAAGUAGUUCUUAGUUCUCUCAAAACGAGGAUAAUUGAUGUGGAAUGUCACAAAUGUGUUUGUGUUGUAGAUGAAACUUAAGCUGUUCAUUUAAGAUGUCUAAUUCUCCAGGAUCUGAAAGACAUUAAUGGAUCCGAACAGCUUGACGCUUGCUGCUUAAAACUUUUAGUGGCAUGAAACUUAAUGUGUUAGCACUGUAAAUGCAAAAGGCGUGUCUCAGAUGUGAUUCAUAUACUUAGGUGUUUUUAAAGCUUUUUUUCAUGCUAUAAUGUUAAAUAACCACGUAGUGCAUUUUCGGUCAUUGUUCUUGCUAAAAAUAGAUUGUGUGCUCAAGAGCAAAAAGAUACAAUUUCACUCACUUGUCUUAAUUUGGAUUUGUUCAAAAAUAAUGGAUAGCAAAUCCUCAAAUAUCAAAACUGCCACUUCAUAUUUUCAACUUGCAAUUUAGCUUUAUAAAUGGGAACCAAUUUGCCUUUCCUUAUCUUCUGUUAAUCAUUUGUUUGAAUAUUUAAUAUUUUUCAGAGUUUAAGUUAUGUCUCUGAUGCUUGGAUUGCACUUUAACUGUUCUUAAUCAAAUUUUCACUUUGAGAUGAUUUAAUUUAUUAUGACAUAUUUCAAAACAAAGCAUAAAAUGUGAAUCUAUAGCUUAAAUCAGAUUUCAUUCGGAUAAUUUUCAAAAAUUUCUAGUCCCUUUUCUUGAUGCAUGUGUAAAUUUUUCUUUUUCCACUUUAGUUUGCUAUUGCCUGCCAUAUAGGUAUGGUGUAGUACAUAUGUAAAAAUAAAAAAUGAAAAGCAAACUUGUGUUUCUUUGCUCAUGAGCACACAACCCUGAUGGCUUAAUAUAUUUGACACUACAAAAAGGGGAAAAAUAUUACUGUACUGGUAAAAGUAAAGGUGUUUUAGAAAAAGCAUGAAUUUGACAAGCCUUUGUUUUUGGGGGUCACUUUGUUAUACUUUUUGAACUCUGUACUAUUUUUGGGUACAGCAAUGAACAUGUGUUUUCCCAGAUUUUGAGCCCUUUUUGUUUUCCUGCCUGUACAUGUGCAUACUAUGUAUUAAUUUAGCUGGAUUCAUUGAGAUGUUGUUGACAUUCUGAACCAGCAGAAUAGUGCACUAGAAAAAUGUUGAUGCCAAAGAGUGUCAUUGCCAUCUGAUGGAGUUUUGUUGUGUGCCGUCUCUUUUUUCUGGUUGUUUUUUUUCCCCCACAAACACACACACACACGCACACAAACACACACACACUGUUAAAAUGAAAUUGCACAAGGCUUUCAUUUUUGAUCUACAUUAUGCCUUUCUACUGUAAAGCAUUUUCUAUUAUUUGUAUAAGAGCAUGUAAUUGGGUAUUAAAUAGUUUAGAACUGGAGAUCUUAAACAAUGUUGGAAUAAUGCUUCUGUGUUUUGUGGGCUUGCAUCAGUAAAUCUGUAUGGGUGUUCAUAAAAGUGUGAGGUUCUUUAAUAUCUUGAAGGGGAAGGGUCUUACCAAUUGGCCCAAUUUUUCUCAUAGUAUACAGAGGGAGCUCAGCUAAUAUUUCUGAUAGUUAAAAGUGGAGUAGCUUGCUAUUACUCCCACACAAUAAAUUGUUUUGUUUAUGUUUUGUAUAAGGCACGCUAAUAGGUGAAGUGAAAUUUAAUUUCAAAUAAAAGUCACUUGCUGAACAUGAAA